AUGCAAACGCCUCAGCAACAGCAGCAGCAGCAGCAGCAGCAGCAGCAGCAGCGUUCAUCGCAGCUGCCGUCCAUUUUGCAGAACGGAUCGUUCAUGGAUAUGUACAGCAAAUGGUCGUCGAAGAACAGCGUCAAGGUCGAUACAACCAUGCUGCAGGUUGAUGGACGCCAGAUUGACCUGCAUGCGCUGCAUAUCACUGUUGCGUACUACGGCGGCUUCCAAAAAGUGUCGAGGGAAGACCUGUGGCCCGUCGUGGGAGCAAGGCUUGGGUUUGUGCAGUUUCCUGGAAGCGGGAAUGAACAUGCUAGAUCAGGACCGAUGGUCGCACAGCGCUUGGAACACGUCUACAGGCAGUAUCUGUUCCAGUUCGACUCAGCGUAUUACAUGUCGAUGCAGCAGAUGCAACUUCGCAAGCAGGCGGAAAGUCAAAGG